AGUGAUAAGAAGGACUACUGUGUGGAAGGUACAAGCGAUUCAAACCACCUCAAGAACACACCUGGUCCCUGUUCUCUCUGGGCACCAUGAGUUUCCUCCUGUUCGUAACUUUAGGACUAAGUCUUACAGCAUUGAGCCACUGCGUGCAGGUGACUAUACAGAACCCAAUAAUAAACGUCACAACUGGAGAGAACGCUACCUUAUAUUGCUUCUACGCCCUCAACAAUCCCAUCACAAAAAAUCUUGUCAUUCAGUGGAACAUUUUUCAGGCAAAAUCACAGAAUCAGGAAACAGUGUUCUUUUAUCAGAAUGGCCAGUCUUUGUCAGGGCCCAACUAUAAGAAUAGAGUCACUGCUGCACUAUCUCCAGGCAGUGCAACUAUAACCAUUUCCAACAUGCAGCCACAGGACACCGGGAUCUACACCUGUGAAGUGUUGAACUUACCUGAGUCCAGUGGCCAAGGAAAGAUUAUCCUAACAGUUCUAGUUCCACCAUCUGUUCCACAUUGUUCUAUUCGGGGAGCCGUAGAGACUGGACAUUUCAUUUCAUUGCUGUGUUAUUCUGAGGAGGGGAUGCCGCUCCCGCUGUAUUCUUGGAACAGAGUAGAGAAUGGACUAUUGAAGUCAACACCUCCUCAGAUGAAUCAGCAGAAAGGAAGCCUCAUAAUAGGGAACCUGACGGAUUUUGAAGAAGGAUACUACAGAUGUACAGCCAGCAACAGUCUUGGAAAUGCCACUUGUGAACUCAACCUACACACAGGGGGGGAAGGAGGUGUAAUUGCAGCAGCGGUUAUCGGAGGACUGUUGGCAGCUGCUGUCAUUAUUGCCAUCGUCUGGUUUCUUAUAGUGAAAAGAAAACAAAAAAAACAACUUUCACCUACCAAAGAAAUUAAAACGGGAGGAAACCAUGAGUACACAGCAGUAUCUGGAGAAGCUAACGAGCACCCCAAAGAAAAUUUGGGAUCUUCUGAGCCUACUGAAACCAUACAGUUCCACCAUGACCAUGCUGAGAAUGCUGCCAAUGGAGAGACAGAAGAGCCAACAGCAUAAAACAGGAGGAUGGAAUAAGAAAUUAGCUUAUUUAAAGACAAUGUUAAGGUUACCCAUAUUUUUUUAAUCUGCGUUAUCAUGAACACUUUUACAGUAGAUUCAUAGAUUUUUACUUGUCUUAAAAGUAUAUUGAAGUGCCCAAUAACCCCUCCCCAUUAUUCCUAAUUCACUUGUUUUUGUCAAUGUUUUAAUUAUAUGUACCAAUCAGGAUAGUGGCUGGCAGCAGUGCUUAACCAUUUAGACAGUAGCUGUGCUAAACAACAAAGGCAGCCCUUAUUUUCUUUCUUGGUUAAGUAAAACAACACCAUUGCCAAAAUCACACUAUAUGUGUACAAUCAAUAUUUUGACUCACACAAACAUAGGCAGAGUAAAGUACUAAUAUGGCAAUAAAGUAUUCUGUGCCUGGGUGCGAUGCCAAUAAUUUUAAGACAAAGAGCCAGAAUAUAUUAUUUACAUUUUGAAAAUAGCACUUGCAACAGAUUAAAAAUGAAUGUUGUAUAGCCUUUACA